GUAAUCCCAUCUCCUCACGUCACGGAAAUGUCUCCUCUGCCAGAAAACACCCUCAUCGGAAUGUGCAAUCCAUUGUUGGACAUUCAAACCACCGUUGAAAAGGCAUUCCUUGACAAAUGGGGACUCAAAGAAAACGACGCCAUUCUUUGCGACGACAAGCACAAUGACAUGUUCACCGAGCUUACCAGAGAUUUCAAAGUCGAGUACAUUCCAGGAGGAGCCGCACAGAAUUCGCUCCGUGUUGCUCAAUGGAUUUUGAACGCACCAAACCGAACAGUUUUCUUUGGAGCUGUUGGUAAAGAUCAGUACGGAGAUCUUUUGGCAUCGAAAGCCAAAGAAGCUGGAGUGAAUGUGCAUUAUCAGAUCAACGAGACAGUUAAGACCGGUACCUGCGCAGCCCUCAUCAACGGAACUCAUAGAUCACUCUGUGCUCAUUUGGCUGCUGCUAACACCUUCACUCAAGAUCAUCUCCAGAAGGAGGAGAAUCAGAAGAUCAUCGAGCAGGCCAAAUAUUUCUAUGUCACUGGAUUCUUCAUCACUGUCUGCCCACCAGCUAUUCUCCAACUCGCAAGCCACUCUGCCGAAUUCAACAAGACUUUCACCCUUAACCUCUCCGCCCCGUUCAUCUCCCAAUUUUUCUUCGAUAAGCUCUCGGAAAUCAUUCCAUUGGUCGAUGUUCUUUUCGGAAACGAAGACGAAGCUGCUGCCUUUGCUAAAGCCAAUGGAUGGGAGACCACCUGUGUCAAGGAGAUCGCUUUGAAGGCUGCUGCACUUCCAAAGAAAUCUACUAAGCCAAGACUCGUUGUUUUCACUCAAGGACCAGAGCCAGUCAUCGUCGUGGAAGGAGAUAAGGUCACCGAAUUCCCAGUAACUCGUCUUCCAAAGGAAGAAAUCGUCGAUACCAACGGUGCCGGAGACGCUUUUGUCGGAGGUUUCCUUUCUCAAUUCAUCCAAGGAAAGGGAGUCGAAGCUUCAGUCACCUGUGGAUCUUAUGCUGCUCAAGAAAUCAUCAAGAAGCACGGAUGCACAGUGCCAUCUGUUUGCAAGUACCAUUAAACUGAUAAAAUAAUCUGUGAUCCCAACUUUCUCUGCUUUCAAUUUCCCAGUCCCCUGGUUUAUAGUAUAUCAAAUUGUUCUUUGUUUUGCUCCCCAUUCCCCGUCCUCGAGCAUCCCUAUUAUUCGAAAUUUUUCUUUUGGUGUUGUUUUUUUUGUCAAAUGUUCCCAAAAUGUGCCUUAUAAUUCAUUUAUCAGGUGUUUUAAUAAAAUGGCAAAGUUUU